AUGUCUCGCGUUUCCGAUGCAGUAAAAAAAAUCAAAUUAUUAAAUCGAAAUGAUUUGGAGAGAAGAUUAAAUAUAACUAAUAAAUGGCCUUGCAGCCUUCACUCAACAAUAAGACACACUUUACUGUGUAGUCGUUUGUUGGGCCUACUUCCCUUAAGUGGUUUGAUGAAGUCUUCUAGCGGAGAGCUCAGAUUUACGUUUCGAUCCAUUUACACUAUUUACUAUUUAGUAACACUUUUUGGUCAAACGUUGAUGUUUGUCAUGACUUGCUGCUGGCUUGUCCAAAAUGGUAUCUCGUUGCCGAAUAUAACAAAUUCAGUUUUCUAUUCUUCAAGUCUAAUAUCAUCGCUGAUAUUGCUGAACAUUGGCAGAUUUUGGCCGAAGUUAAUAACCAAGGCCGAGGAGAUAGAAUCCACAUUACCUCCAUUUACAAGCAACGUCACUUUGUGGUGCAAUAUUACCAUGGUGUUCACUCUAGCAGCAGCUUUAGUGGAGCAUCUACUUUCUGUAUUUUAUGGGCUCACGGUGGCAUACUCCUGCAACCCCAAAGAUAUGUGCGAAACGUUUUUCCGGUUCAACAUGCCAUGGAUUUUUGACUACACACCCUACACUCUGUGGAAAGGAAUUUUAAGCGAGAUAUUUAAUCUUCAAUCCACGUUUAUAUGGAGCUACAACGAUUUGCUGCUAAUGGUGAUAAGUAUUUAUUUAACGGAGCAUUUUACUGUUCACAAUGAAUUGCUGAAGAUAGCUGUUAAGGAGGAGAAUUUUUCUUGUGCUGAAUUUCGUACUCAAUAUUUGAAAAUAGUACGUUUGGUGAGAUUAAUUAACGGGCAAUUUGGAAUUUACAUACUCACGUCCUUCGGUAUAAACUUGUAUUGGAUUUGCACUCAACUGUUUUACAGCUUAAAAAGAACGCAAACCGGUCAUUUUAUCGCUUGCCAGUACCGAAAUGCACACAAUUUCAUGGUUCUUCAGAUGUUUUUCUGUAAACAUUACCCGUAUUUAUUGCAGGUAGAGAGGUUUAUAGCACAAAUUAACAACAUCAAAGUGGCACUGAGCGGCUUAGACUUUUUCUACGUGACUAGAAAAAUGAUCUUAACUUUGCUCGGGACAAUCGUGACCUACGAACUAGUGUUACUGCAAUUUAAUAAAUAAAUUCAUGAUUUAAAAGUGUUAUUCGAAUAAAGAUCUACAUAAUGCAUUUUGUCCUUCAAUAAAAUUUAAAUAACUUAAAUUUUUCUUCAAUAUUACAACACAAAACACACAAGCUCAAAAUGAAGGAAGUCUCCCUUCAAGUCAAAAAAUGAAUCAUUUUAAAAAGGAACAUCAUUUCCACAGCGAUAUUGAUGAUAUUUUUUAAUUUACAUAUUAUUAUUUAUGGAAAUAACAAUUAUUAAUACGAAACACAUUAAUCAAGCUUUAACGCACCCUCAUAAUAAAAACAAAUUAUAAUAAAUCACAGCCGUGAUCCUAAGGGUUUUACCAUCAAUAAUAAUGCCUAUUAACGAGUAACACACAAUCCAUAGGGCAAUAGUUAAUGUAUUACUAAAACCCACGGGUGAUUACCAUAAGUUCUGAGUGCUCGUAAAUUGUAUUAGAUAUACAUCUAUAGCAGUUCAAACACAAUUACAGUAUUCCCAAGACUUGAAUGCACUCAACUUGAAUCAGGCGUCAUAAUUACAUUAGUUCAGGGCAAGUUCGUUUUGAAACACAAAAAAAAUGUACUUAAUGUUUUUCAGUCAAAAUAUUUAAAUACAGUUUGUGAAAGUUUUGUAUGUUUUUAUUUGAUAAGUGUUUGAAAAUUUGAAGCAUUCAUUGUUACGAUUAGAUAAUUACAUCUUUAUUUCGUUAAUAUUUAAUAUUAGUUCCGAAACACAAGUUUUGGAUUAUAAUUAUGUUAAAAAACUUUAAGUAUUAUACGGUACACAUACAGUACACAAUGUAUGCAAAAUAUACAAUUUUGUAUACAAUGUGUACCCAAUUGUAACCUAUUUUGUGUUUAAUAAAUAAACAAAAAUAAUUUUACCGUAUUUAAUGUUUUUUCUUAAAAAAUAAUUAUUUUGGUAAAAUAAUCUUAUAAUAAGACCAAAAAUGUUACAUGUGGAAC